AUGUAUCUAUACGGUUUUAUUUUUAUUUUAACAUUGCCCUGUGGUUUUGGAGAAGCGCCUGCAAAUAAAUCUAUAGCAAAUUACGAUCCUGCGGAGUUGCUAUCCAAAAUUUUCAACACAAACAAUACUGUCUCUGCAAGAAACAAGAAUGGAUUGGUGCAGUUUGAAGAUUCAUUGCAACCUGAUUUUGUUUCAUUCAAAGAACCCCAAUAUCUUAGCAAUGAUUACUACUUUAAUGAGAAACCAGUCAAAUUCAGAGAUGACAGUAUAGAAGAAAAUUAUAAUGAAGAAUUACACUCGAGCCAAUUAGAAGUUAAUUUUCAAGAUCCUAAUAAUAUUAAGAAGAAAAGACGAAAGAAGCGAAAGCCAAGGCAACAUCAUUAUGUUCCACCAUACCCAAGUCCUAGUCUCGGAACCAUAAAUCCAUACUUUGGAGCAGAGUAUUAUAGACCUCAGCCCAGACCAUCUGUAGCUUCAGAAGCCGUUUCCAGAAUAACUGAAGCGUUAACGUCGAUAGCUUUAUACGACGACUACCAGUGCGUCGCGCGACUUCUAUGCGAAGCUGCGGGCGGUGGAGCUUUAGGUACUGCGGGCAUAUUGCAGACGGUGGCAGGAUUGCAACCUUUACUUACAUUACUCUCAGCUUACAACGGCAUUAGUACCAAUCCUCUCUUCGUUUUUGGACGUGCUGUGUUCCUAGGGAUGUCAUCGAGAGGAAAUACAGCAUCCUGUCGUUACGGGUACCCACAGUGUCCAACUGAUCCGGAGCAGCUUGUGCAUUACCUGAAUAAUCAUAAUGGAGGAUUCUUUAGAUUCUUCAGCGCCCCUCAACAAGGACAACAAAACGUCGAACAAUUUUACAACCAGCUUUCACAAAACGGUCUCCUUCAACCACAACUGAACCAAAUACAGCAACACUAUGGCUUUUACAAUCCUAACCCAGGCAACCAACAUUAUGGUUUCCAACAAACAAAUCCUUAUUCUACAUAUAAUCAAAAUUAUGGGUUAGCAUACCCUUAUAAUAAAAUGAAUAGAAUUCAAAAACGAAUACAAAAUAAGCCGUUAUCACAGUAUGACGACGAUUUAGAAGAUCAAAAUCAAAAAUGGGCCUUUCCCAGCGACGAAAUUGUUAAUAAUAAUUACGAUUCUCUCUAUGACAAUACAAAUUCAUUUGAUACGACUUCAUAUGAAAGUUAUAACAAAAAAGCGAAAGCUCUUAAAUUUCCGGAAAACCAUAAAGAGGAUCCUGCAAAUAGCUAUGAUAGAAAAACUAGAGGAUUCUCAUUUCCAGAAAAACAGAGCAAUAGGCAUUAUGUUAGUAAUAACUAUAUUGAACCUGCCAAUUAUUUUAAUUAUAAUAAUCAAUAUUAUGCUAAUUAUGUUCAAAAUAAUAAUGAUGAUGUUAAAAAUGGCUUAGAGACAGUUUAUGUAGUACGAGGUAAUGGGGACCCAAAUAAACCUGAAAUUUUCAAAUUAAGACCAGGAGAGUCGGUACAC